AUGCAGAGCUAUGAGCCUGCGCAUCGGCAGCAAUCGUACCCAGACCCGUCGCACAGGGUGAUGAUGCCAAAUGCGCGUCAGCCUGAAGCAUCGACAUCAGUGUCACCCAGACAAGAGCCUCAUCUGCAGGUCUCGCCCGGCGCAACGUCCUCGACCGCAGCCAAUCCCAAUGCAAAGAAGCAGCGAGUCGACGCGAAUGGGCGCCUGGUAGCCUGUUCUCAAUGCGGAAAGACAGAGACUCCGCUUUGGCGCCGAGAUCCUCAAGGCAGAACCAUCUGCAAUGCCUGCGGACUGGCGCAUAAAGCAAAGCAACGCGAAUCAGAGAAUCAGAAGGCUGCAGCUUUGCUUGUUCAACGCAACGCCCAAGCAGCUGACGGCAGCCCGCCCGCGCCAUUGCCGAACGGUCUUGGAUUGAGCCACGCCGACGAUGAGCCUCCGCUCGGAUCAUGUCCCGGCUCGGGGCUCUGCAACGGUCAGGGCGGCAAAGAGUGUUGCGGAGGUUGUCCUGCUUUCAACAAUCGACAUGCGGCUCGGCUGGCCCGAUACGACUCUGCCGACCCCGAGGCUGAAGUCAGUGACAGCGGUCCAAUGCAAUGCGGCAACUGCGGCACGAGAACGACGCCUCUCUGGCGCAGAGAUGGUGACGGCAACGUUGCCUGCAAUGCCUGUGGCCUCUAUUAUAAGCUCCACGGACAUCACCGACCCGGCUUACUGAAGAAGCCUAACAUCAAGCGCAGAAAAAGGAUACCAACCGCAAGAGCCAAUCACACUGAGGAGGAUAUGCAGCUCUUAGGGGACGUCGAAUCCGUCGCUUCGUUGCAGGACCAACCGUCCCAGCGUAGAAUUAGCAAUGGCGGCCGGACGCAUGGUAUUGAUGAGCUUGCCGAUGUUGCGUCCCGCAUGGCACCCAUGGAGCUCCUUAAUCGUCCUCCAGGACCUGUCGAUGCUCGUCAAGCCGUCUCAAGCGAGAUCGAAGAGAUCAAACGCAGUAUUGCCGUGCUCGAGCAACAACUUGAUCGUAAACAGACUGCUUUAGCUGCUCUCGAGACUGCAGAAAGCGCUCGUCAGAUGGAGGCACGAUUUGCACAGAUGCCGGCUCAGCCCGCGGUGUCGCUAAGCUCGCGACCGGCGAAGCGUCAAGCGCCCUCAGAUCCUUCAAUCGACCCCUCGCUUCAGCAGCUUGUUCCAAACAAGCCGGUGCCUGCUAGUUCUGUCACUGCGAUACCAUCCGAGAAGACAUCUGGGCAAUGA